AUGGCAUUGUAUGCUAGUCUAGAGAUAGAUGAUGAGGGACAAAUGAUGGCUAUUUGGCAAAUGAAGCCAUUGCUUACUGAUCGAAUUAAAAUAGCAGCACAGAAUAAUGAAAAGUAUGUGAAAUUGAUGGAAGAAGCUCAGGAUGGCAAGAAACUAGACUUUUCAGUGAAUGAUAAUGGCUUACUGUUGCACCAAAACAGAGUGUGCAUUCCAAAUGAUGUUGAAUUGAGGCAAACCUUUAUGAAGGAAGCACAUAACUCUCUUUUUGCGAUGCACCUUGGCAGAACCAAAAUGUAUAAAAUUGUCAAGGAGCACUAUUGGUGGAUGGAUAUGAAGAAAGAUACAGUUGAAUAUGUAUCCAAAUGCCUUACUUGUCAGUAA